CAUACGUCGCUGAACAAUAGUCCAAUCUACAACAUACAUCAUUUUAAAAUGACAGGAAUAUACAAUAGAUAUAUUUUUAAGAAAUUGAGCAUAUUUGCGUUCAUAGUCAUAUUAGGUGGUUUUAUCCACUAUAUUGAUAAUGUUGGAAAAUGUUCCAGUACAAAGACAAAUCAGAUGACAGAAAAGUCAAUCAAUGUUGGAAGAGACCAUAUUGUAGACAGCAGAUGCCAUGAGUCUCUUAAUUUUUCGAAACCGGUUGAUCUCGUAUUAACGUGGGUAAAUGGCAGCGACCAAUCCUUUAUCGAGGAAAUGUUAAAGUUCAAGCCAAUGAGUACGAAAAUUGAACCGAAGAGAUACAGGGACUUGGGAACACUGAGAUAUGCUUUACGAUCUGUGGAGAAGUAUGCCAACUGGUUUCGGCACGUGUAUAUAGUAACAAAUGGCCAGGUUCCGAGCUGGCUAAAUCUUAACAAUCAAAGAGUAUCGAUAGUGAAACACUCGGAAAUAUUCAGAAAUGCAAGCCAUCUUCCAACAUUUAAUGCGCAAGCAAUUGAUUGCCACAUUCACAAUAUUCAAGGCUUAGCCCAGCACUUCAUUUACAUGAAUGAUGACAUUUUCUUUGCUAACCCAGUUGAACUGGCUGAUUUCUAUACGAAUGAAACUGGUUUCAAAAUCAGAUUUGGUGCCGAAAGGGUUCCAGACUGUUCAGACAAAUGUCGUCUCUCCGACAUGAACAAUGGUAUUUGUGACUCGUCUUGCAAUAUCAGUUUCUGUGAGUGGGAUGGUGGAGACUGCAAUGUUGUUGCCACAGAAACAAACCAAGAAUCAAUAAUUAAACAUUACGGAUCAUUCUACGGAAGCCUUGUGUAUACGUCUCUUGCGUAUAAUAAAGCAUUUGGGUAUGUGCAUAGAAAUGUUCCGGCGCAUGUACCUCACAUUACAGACAUAGCGAUAAUGAAUGAACUUCAGAACAGAUUUCCUGAAGAGUGGGCGAGAACUUCAGCAAACAGAUUUCGUGAUCCGCACAGCUUCCAGCACGCCUUUGCCUUUUAUCAUUUUUUGUUGAGACCUCGACGAAAUGAGUGUGGCGGAGAAAGGACACACCCAAUUGCCACGACAUACAAGGGAUAUGAGGAUUACACAUAUAGUGCCACUGGGAAUUCAACAAAAUUGGAAAAGGCUUUAACAAGUCUUUUACGUAAAAGGCACAAGAAGUUUGCAUGUAUAAAUGAUCACAUGGGUUUCCAAAAUGACGAUGAGGUGGCUCGCAAUAGGAAAGUCAUAUUUGAAUUCUUUGAGGACUAUUUUCCAGAGCCUUCAAGUUUUGAGGUUUUAUGAAAUUCAUACCAGUGUGUACUAUGAUGUAUAUACAAAUGUUUUAUUAAUAAGUGUCUCGUCAAUUAGUUA